CCUCGAUUGCUAUCUGGCCAGUUAGGGGCAGCACCAGCUGUAAAUACAACACGCUGAAUAUGAGUCUUACCUCCCCCUCACAAGGGGAAAAAGGCCAGGACCGGUGUCAAAUCGUUCUACCUUGCCGAGAUAUGCUACUUUAGAUAGCAGUCUUUGGAUUUACACACCACACCCCAUCCCUUCCCCUGACCACUUUGUGGGCUGUAGGAAGCACAACCCAACAGAACACCCAGACUUUUUUGUCCCAUCUUCAAGCCCUGUUCAGGAAAGUUUACCAGGAUGGGAAUUCAAACGUGUCAUCUGCACGCAUAAAAAAGGAAAACACGCUCAUAUUACAGUUAGGCCUACGUCAUAGAAAGCUUAUUUCCUUCUCCACAUGUCUGAUUCAUGCUGACAACUUUCACUUCUCUCUGGCUGGGGCUCGAAUCCUUAAAGCUGUGGGUGAAUUUUCCUGGAGUUAUGAGUUUCUACAGUGAUGCGUCUACCGAAAGCAUGAGCGACGAGUUGGAGACUCUGGGGUGGUACCACUAUGACCUGUCCCGCCAUGCUGCAGAGGCACUUCUCUUGUCUAAUGGGAGUGAUGGAAGUUACCUCCUCAGAAACAGUAAUGAUGGACCAGGCUGCUUCGCCUUGUCUGUCAGGGCAAAGGAUUCAGUCAAGCAUUUUCACGUGACACGCAAAGACAAUGGCUAUGUGUUUGGGUUUAAUGAGUUUACAACCCUUCAAGACUUUGUGAGCCACUUUGCUAACCAGCCUCUACUGGGCAGCGACACAGGAACUCUCAUCGUGCUGAAGUGUCCAUACCCAUGGCGUGUGGAGGAGCCGUCCAUCUAUGAGUCUGUGCGAGUUCACACAGCCAUACAAACAGGCCGCUCAGAGAAUGAUCUUGUGGCGAAUGCACCAUCGCUGGCCACAAAGGAAGGAUAUCUGUUGAAACAAGGAGCAUUUGUGAAGAACUGGAAACAGAGGUGGUUCACACUCAACAGAUACGAACUCAAAUACUUCAAAGAAAAAAUGUGUGAGGAGCCCAUUCGAACUCUGGAUCUGAAAGCAUGCUCUGCAGUCCAGUUUGACUAUUCUCAGGACAGAGUCAACUGCUUCUGUCUGGUGUUUCCCGAAAGAACAUUUUAUCUUUGUACAAAGACAGGUGUGGAAGCAGACGAGUGGAUCAAGAUCCUGAGGUGGAAACUGUCCCAGAUAAGAAAAGGCCGAUGACUGCUGUCACUGGAGACACAGACUGACAGAAGCCCCGGGUUCACGUUGGAAGUCAGCUGGAUGGACAAGAACACUAUUCAAAACUGAAGUCACCUCCAAAGCAGAAACAAAAACAACAGGGAGAUGUUUUCCUGAGUGUACUCAGUGGCACCUGCACUGUACGAUAGAGAAACACGAGUUCACAUUUAUGGCCCAAGGACCUAUUUAAUAUGACGCCGUAUGACAACAGCCACACACUGAUGUCACCUGCUGCCAGUAACGCUUGUAACAUCAUGGUGACAUGCAGGGUGUUUUUAUUUAUUACUUGUGAGCUGCAUUCAUGUGAUUUUUGUGGACUAAUUAUUGUGUGUGGAUUUAAGUGUUAGAUCAGCUGGAGAGCACGAGUCCAGUGCUGCUGGUCAUCGUGUGGAAAGUUGGUCUGGGAGGGUGUUGAUGAGAGACAGCUGAACUGAAUGAGCUACAGAGGUGCUGCUCAAAGACAACAUGCACACUGCAACCACUCCAGGCUGCGCAGGGCGUGCAUUAUUACGUGUGUGUGUUGUUAUAAUGACCACAUGGCCUACAGUACAUCGUUAAAGUGAGCAAAUACAGUAUGUCGUAAUAACAUGAAAACAUUUUAAUGUUGAAAGAAUCUUGUAAAAAUGAGCAAAGUAUCUCGUUAUAAUGAGAAAAGUUUCUCGUUAAAACAAGGAACUAGGUGUACUAUGAAAUGUAAUCCUGCAGGUGCCACUAAGUGCAGUGUACUGACGGCAGGCUGACUCCUUUUAGGCAUAUUUAUUCAGUAGAAAGAUGUUGUCUUAUCCUAGCAGUCAUACUUGUUUGUAUUUCUUUGUCCAUUGUAUUAACAUGAACAUUUGCUUGAACAAGUAUUUUAACGAUGUAACUAUUUCUCUCAGUAGUCUGACCUCCCCAACCCGUCGGUGGCCUUCAGCCCCUUAGCUCAGCUCACCACUUUUUUUUUGUUUAAAUAAAUGUCUUUUAAAUAAUAAAUGUGUCUCU